CCAGCCCCGGGGGAGCCCGAGCAAGUUUCCCGGGCCGCGCGCCCCGCUCGCUCGCGUCCCAGCCCGCGGCCUCAGCCGCCGCCGCGCCCGCCAUGCCCUCGGCCAAACAAAGGGGCUCUAAGGGCGGCCACGGCGCCGCGAGCCCCUCGGAGAAGGGCGCCCACCCGUCGGGCGGCGCGGAUGACGUGGCGAAGAAGCCGCCGCCGCCGCCGCCACAGCAGCCGCCGCCGCCGCAGCCGCACCAGCAUCAGCAUCAGCAGAACCAGGCGCACGGCAAAGGCGGCCACCGCGGUGGUGGCGGCGGCGGCAGGUCCUCCUCCGCGGCCGCCGCCUCGUCCUCGGCGUCCUGCUCGCGCAGGCUGGGCAAGGCGCUCAACUUUCUCUUCUACCUCGCCCUUGUGGCGGCGGCCGCCUUCUCGGGCUGGUGUGUCCACCACGUCCUGGACGAGGUCCAGCAGGUCCGGCUCAGCCACCAGGACUUCUCCCGGCAGCGGGAGGAGCUGGGCCAGGGCUUGCAGGGAGUCGAGCAGAAGGUACAGUCUCUGCAAGCCACAUUCGGGACUUUUGAGUCUGUCUUGAGAAGCUCUCAACAUAAGCAGGAUCUCACAGAGAAAGCUGUGAAGCAAGGGGAGAGCGAGAUCAACCGGAUCAGCGAAGUUCUACAGAAACUCCAGAAUGAGAUUCUCAAAGAUCUUUCAGACGGGAUCCAUGUGGUGAAGGACGCCCGAGAGCGGGACUUCACAUCCCUUGAGAACACGGUGGAAGAGAGGCUGACAGAGCUCACCAAAUCCAUCAAUGACAACAUUGCCAUCUUCACUGACGUCCAGAAGAGGAGCCAAAAGGAAAUAAAUGACGUGAAGGUGAAGGUUGCCUCUCUGGAAGAAUCCGAGGAGUACAAGCAGGACUUGAAAGCCGUGAAAGAAGUUGUGAAGGAAAUUCAAACCUCUGUGAAAUCCAAAGAAAAGGACAUUGAGGCCCUGAGAAGCACCCUCCAGACCAUGGAGUCUGAUGUGUACACAGAGGUCAAAGAGCUGGUGAACCUCAAACAGGAGCAGCAGAAGUUCAAGGAGGUGGCUGACAUGGGGCAUGCCACCUUGCAAACCCUCACGGAGAAAAUUCUCCAGUCCGAGGAGUCCAUUUCUCGCCUCCCUGGGGAGAUCAGGAGACUUGAGGAAGAGCUACACCAACUGAAAGCCGAUUUCAACAGGCCAGAAGAAGAUGGCAUGUUCAAAAAUGCCGACGCCUUCGAAGCGCUCCAGAGAAAGAGUCAGGGAUUGGACUCCAGGCUCCAAAAUGUGGAAGAUGGAGUCCAGUCCAUGCAGUCGACUUCUGUGCAGCAGACAGAGAGCCUGGAAUCCCUCCUGUCAAAGAGUGAGGAGUAUGAGCAGCGCCUGAGCGCCCUGCAGGAGCGCGUGGAAGGCCUGGGCUCCUCCUCAGAGGCGGACAAGGAUGGCAUGGCCAGCACUGUGAGGAGCCUGGGGGAAGCGCAGCUCUCCCUCUAUACCGAUGUGGAAGAGCUGAAGAGAAGUGUGGGCGAGCUCCCCAGCACUGUGGAGGCACUCCAGAAGGUGCAAGAGCAAGUCCACUCGCUGCUCAGUCAGGACCAAGCCCAGGUGGCCCAUCUGCCUCCUCAGGACUAUCUGGACAAACUUUCUUCUCUAGACAACCUAAAAUCCUCAGUAAGCCAAGUGGAAUCGGACUUGAAAAUGCUCAGGACUGCUGUGGACAGUUUGGUUGCGUACUCAGUCAAAAUAGAAACCAACGAGAACAACCUGGAAUCAGCCAAGGCUUUGUUGGAUGACCUGAGAAAUGAUCUGGAUAGGUUGUUUGUGAAAGUUGAAAAGAUUCACGAAAAGGUCUAAAUGAAUCGUGUGCACAGGGUGUGGUUUUAAAAGUCCGACUUCUCAUGACCAAAAAAUGUUUUGUGUUCUCCCGCCGUCUCACACCACAGCCCCACCGCGCCCCCAUUCCUUGUCCCCUCUUAAAGAGUGGUAGACACUACCUGGAACACCAGGGCAUUGCAUUUUUGUGCCCAGUUAACUUAUUUACAAUUAUUACCACACGCCAUUGGUUUCUUAAGUUUUCUGCUUCUGCUUUUGGUUGGUUUCCUGAAGGCCCAGCCCUUGUGAAGCAGUGGUGAUUUUCAGAAGGGAUGUCUCUAGUGUUAGAGAAAAAAGAUAAGGCUUCAGCUCAAGGAUUAACAGAAGCAGAUUAACUCUAACCUCAAAGAAUCCUGCUUGAUGGCAGGGCCGAAUAAAAAAAGGAGGAGAAGGGGAGGUCCUUUUAUUUCUAAUUGUUUUUAAGGAAAAAUUAGUUUUAUUUUUUUAAUACUCCUAGCUGAGGUUUUCAUGCGAUAAUAACUCACUUCUUGUCUUCCACUUUAAACUGGUUAAAACUCGUAAAUGUCAGCUCUGAAAUGGGAAGGGAAAAAGCCCCUCAGUUUUCAGUGUCAAAGAAUCAGCUACUUGGCAUUUAAUUGGUCACCUCCCGUGGUGUGGGUGUCUUUUCCAUUCGCCCUGUAGUCAUGUCGAAGGUAACUAUGCAAAGAAUUCAGGCGGUUCGAAUCCCUUGUGGUCUGUCUAUGUCAGCUCCUUUGGCUGGGUCACCACAGGAUGCAUGGGUUUAGAAUCCCAGCAAGUGGAGUCCUUGGGGUCUUUCAAGAAAUUAUGUGCGCUGUCCACAAAGGAACUGGGUGUCUCCUUGGGGAACGGAGGUGGCAUCUUUUUUAGAAAUGAUGUCCAUGAAGAGGUUUGCUGUGGGAGCAGACCCCCAUUUGUAAGUGGGGAAAGUGUGCACUGCAUUUUGUAAUUGUUUGCCGUACGCCUUUCCCUUGGAGCUGUCCUGUUCUAUAAUGGCUGUCUUGCCCUUCAAAAAAGAAGAAAAGAAAAGGAAAAAAAAAAAAAAAAAAAAAGCUGAAAAGAAAAAGGGAAAAAAAAAAAAGGUUGUUUAGUUUACUGUGAAAUGAACUGUAUGGCUUAUUUACAGUAUUUUUAAUUCUUAAUAAAUACCUGAGCUUUGUUACGA